AUGGACAUCCCCUUUGUCUCGUCAGGGGCGCUCAGUCGUUCGCAUUAUGCUCUGGUCAGGAAGGUAGAAACCUCCCAGUCUUCCCAGCUUGCCGACCAACAUCUCUUGGAUGAAAUCGAGGCUAUUAGUGCGCAGCUUGCGCGGCCGACAUUGACCCAAAAGCAAUGCAAGGAGUGCUUGAUAUUACUUUUGUAUUGCUCUACGAACGUUAGUUCAGGCAUCGGUAUGGACUUGGAGUUUGCGCUGCACCAUGCAGUCAAUCUGGCGGAGACUGGACAGACGGUGCAUGACAAGAGAAUAGGUUAUCUGUUCUGUGCGGAAAUCAUGCCGCCUGACCAUGAACUGCAACUCAUGCUUGUCAACACGCUACGCAAGGAUAUGGAAAGCAUUGCAGCUCCCCGCAUAUGCCUUGCCCUUGAUACCCUUAUUCACUUCUCAAGUGAAGACGUGAUUCCCGCCAUACAGUCCCGCUUGCUCGACUUACUCUCAUACAAUUCGCUUCAUAUUCGUCGUCGAGCACUGUUCGCAUUUCACAAAUUAGCCCGACGUGAUCCCAGUAUCCUGGCAGGGAUUGUCACCAAGGCACAAAAACGUCUAUCUGAUUCAGAGGGUGCGGUUGUCAGCGCAGCGUUGACAGUCUGUGCGGACCUCGUGAAAUACGGGCUUUUGACGUCCGAGACUUUCCACGAUUUAUUGUCCAACCUUCUAUCGUCUGUCUGGCGACAGCCACACAGUGCUGCUAAGGACUGGCUUACGAGCAAGAUACUGAGCCGGCUACGAACAGUCACUCUCUCUCAGCAUGAUCUGAGAUCGAUCCUUAGAAUCAUUAGAUCAUCCUCUCAACGAGGACGCGCUGGGCGCUCGGUUCUAUUGCAAUGUUACCUUACCUUUGCUGGUGUCACACCUGAGUCCAUAGUGCAAGCUCAGGCAGACUCAAAGUGUGCCGUGGUGCAAGAAAUUCGACAUCUGCUGACGUCGGAAGACCCCAACGAUAUAUACGUCUUUAUGUCCUGCCUUGAAUGCAUAGAUCCUUCGCUUUGGGCCGGUACCACUCCAGGCAUUCCAGCAGUUUUAGAAUCAUGGGAAGUGGAACGGAUAAUGCAAUUACUGGAAAGUAAUGAUUGCACAAUUCGUCGGAAGACUUUGCGCAUUCUGCAGCGCGUGGAUACCGUCAUACUGGAACAGUACUAUGCCCGCAUGCGUCAGAGGGACCUGACGUUGCACCCAGACUCCGAUGUGCUGCCGCAGAGGAUGCUCGAGAUUAUUGACGUCCUGUGCGGGGAGGAUGGAGAGACAUAUGCCUCGCAAGUAAACCAGAUCGUACGGACAGAGGAGGGGGACGCACCGUUCGACAAGCGGCCAGUCCUACAGGGAGUGGUGGAAGAUGUGCUUACGCGUGUUCGAAAUGGUAGCGACACUUUUAGGAGCGGGUGUAUCGGAGUGUGGUUUACAAACGUCGUUGAUUUGGAAAAACCGCUGGGCUCGACACUCAUGGUCAUCUUGACUGCAUUAAUUACGGAAUAUCUCGGAUCAUCCCCGUGCUCGCCAGUGGACCUGCUGCGGGGUACGAGUGGACGUAUUAUGUCAUACCCAGUGUCUAUCCAGGACGUUUGCCUGCUAUGCAUGAUGAGGGUCGCUGCAGAAUGCGAUGACAUACCCGCCGACGUUAUUGAUGUUGUGCGGAGCUUGCAUGACCGCUCUGGGCGGUAUAUUAGACGGCGAUGCCACCAGUUCAUCAAUUUUGCUGCAAAGAAAGGCGCUUUGCGAGACGUCGUGUUGGCGGCGAAGACGGCCACGUUGCCGGACUUUCUUGCGGCUCUGGAGGCAUGCGAAGCAAAUAACAAGGACGUUCACGCAAUUCCGCAAUCAUCCGCCCCACAAACGGGGCGGUUGAGUGCGGGCAAACUUCGUUACGAUGCAUAUGAGCCUCCGAAGCCAGCGCUUCGUCUCAGACGCAUGAGCAACAGCAGUUCGCGCGCCUCUGAUGAUGGAAGCUCCAGGUUUAUCGGCCAGGGAAAGACGACGGAGGACCAUCUAUCGAGGACGAUCACAGCAGGUGAUCUGACCGUUGUUGCUGGCGGCGACGAGCUUGAGAAGUUGUCUAGCGCUUCGGGGCCAGAGGUAACAUUACCCGCUGUCCAGAUCAUGGAUGAAGACAUUUCAGCCACACGUGUCGACUUGAUUGCCUUCGACUCGCCGUUUAUGCCUGAGCCCGCCGCUGCGUUGAUAGGGUCACACCAGUUAUCUGCAAUUGACUUCGAGGCCUCUUGGAAUAAGCUAGAGGCAUAUAAUUCGCGAGGCUGGUGUGAAAUGUCCUUGGAUGAGGUCCAGGAUCGGAUACGCAGCUCGUUCAGAUACGUUAAGAGUGUUACAGCCGAAGAAGAGCCGUUCAAAGACGAGAUGAAGAUCGUGGUUCUAUCGGGCACCGACUCUAGUAACAUGCAGGUCGCUGUGCUGCGUCUCAAACAGAGUGAUGAAGAUGGGACGCUCUGGCGCAUGCGAUGCGAACACCAAGACCUCGCAAAGGCUAUAAAGGGCCUUCUG